AUACAGUACCUCAAACUCUUGAAUAUCAGCCUCCACUCAGUUUAUUAAAAUCAUUUGGAUCAAACUGGACUUAUCAGCCUGCACCCCAACUGAUCCAUAAGCUAUGUCAGAACAUUACCCAAUUCUAUAAUUAUUACAAGACAAAUCAUAGAGACAAAACUAAUAGUCCUUUGUUCCUUGCUCUUGGUGGUGCAGGAAUUGGUAAAUCAAGACUACUAACUGAACUUCCAAGAAUAGCUCAAUCUGCAGUUAUAGAUUCAGAUGUAAAACACCAAUUAGAUAAUUGCAUUAUAUUCAAUGUUAGCUUUGAAAAUGGUACAAUUUAUGAUGGAAAUUGUGAAAAGACUGCUUUGCAAGCUAUAGGUAUUCGGAUGUUAUGGCAAUUAUUAGGACAACAAGAAUCAGUAUUAGACUUUAAUCAUUUUCGACAAAAUCCUGCACAUCAUCUUUCAAUCUCAGAUGUUUUGAGUCGAAUAUCUUAUAAAGGACAGAAAGUUUCUGAAUUAACAGUGUUUCUGAUGAUUGAUGGUAUCCAGAAAUUAAUGAACUCAGAUAGUGAUGGCUUUAACAAAUCCAGUAUAUUCUAUAGUUGCCUCUCAACAAUUGCUUCAAUGGUAAUAGGUCAUCCAGCUUUUAUCAUUGCAUGUUGUUCAGCUACCAUUGUAAAACCAAUAGUUGAUAUUCUUGCAAAGUCCCAACAAUUGCGUGUCUUACUUCCUUUCCAUGUUCUUGACCCUCCUCAACGUGAUGGAAAAAACAUAUUUAACAUACAGCAUCCCUUGGUUAGAAUAUUAGUUGAAGAUAUGGGUGGUAAUGGUCGUGCACUUGAAGCAUUAGAAAUGCAUAUUCCUGCUGACAUUGAUAACUGUUAUAUUGGGGAACUUAUGCAUAAUAUAAUCUCUGUUAUUGCACAAUUAUAUUCUGAUGUACUUGAUAAUUCAUCUCAUUAUGGGGCAAUUUUGAAAGCAAUUUUGGGACAUAUUCCAAUAUGCAAAAAUGAAAUUGUACCUGGAACACCAUGGAGACCUGACCAAAUUGCAGAAAUGGGACUUAUACGUUAUGAAGUUGAACCAGAGCAAGUAACUGGUGUACUUUCAUGUCCUUAUGUUUGGUUCUGGUUAAUUGCUCGUGCUAACAAAGGUGAUAAUAUUCUUGCUAAUUGGGUUUUUGAUGUUUAUCAAGAAAUCCAGAAUUAUCAUCAUUCAGACAGAAUACCUCCAGGUGCACAAUCAUGGCAGAGUUUUGAACAGUUUGCUGCAGACUUUCGAAUUCUAAAAUCCAAUAUAUUUGCAGAUCAGCAAUCUGUGUCAAUUAAUAAAAUUCAUUCAGGUGUGCAGUUUAUUGAUAAUGUAACUUUAAUUCCAAAGCAUUUGGAGUUAAUUUGUUCAUCAGAACAAGUGGAUACUAAAUAUGGAUUUGUGAAGGAAGUGAAACAUGAGUAUGGUACUAUAGAUGUUACUAAAGGUUAUCAUCUAGUUUUGAAUGGAACUGGUGCACCUGCAGGUGAUUUCUUUUGUUGCAUACAAGAAUAUCCCUCAUAUAAUUGGAUAAAUGAGAUUUCUCAAACCAAAUUGUUGUCAGCAAAGAGCAAAAUUUCUCUUGAAGAUUAUAUACAAGAAUAUGAUAAAGCAGCAGGGCCAGCAGAUAUCUUUCUAUUAAUCACUACUGGAAAGUGUGAUAUUAACUCUUUGCAAUUGCCUAGUACACGUUGUGGUAUAGUACAUAAAGAAAAUUGGAAAAAAUAUUUUGGACCAUUUGCUGGUCGUGCAUUUUCAUAUGCUGCUCUGGAACCACCUGAUUUGAAUUCUGCACCACGUUUUUGGCUUUCUGGAAUUGAUGGUAUUGGAAGUAAAUAUGCAGAUCACAUUAUCAAUAAACGUCCUUAUUCCAGUCUAGAGGAUUGUCAUGACAAAACAGAAAUUCCUCUCAAGAUCCUUAAACGUUGCCAAUUAAUUUCAUGA